AUGGGGGCCUGUGCGCCUGCAGCCGGGCCUCGCCGACAGCGGAGCUGGGCUCUGCCCUGCACCAUGCUCCUGAUUCUCUUAGGUUCUCAGCUCCUGGUGACUCGUGGCUGGAGUUCCCAAGAGAAAAGUGUCAGUGAUGACCAAAGAGUCAUGGAAAGUUACCUCCCAGCUACCGCAGAGUAUGCCUUACACGUGUUCAACCUGAAGAGCAAGGACGUGAAUGCCUACAGGCUGGUGCGCAUCCGGAAGUCCUGGAGGGAGCAGGACGAGAACACGAUGACGUUCUCCAUGGAGCUGGACCUUCGCAGAACCAGGUGUGGGAAAUUUGAUGAAGAUAUUGACAACUGCCCCUUUGAAGAAAGCUCAGAGCUGAAUAAUACCAUCCACUGCUUCUUCACCAUCAGCACUGAGCCCUGGAUUACAACCUUCCAUCUCCAGAAUGAGACCUGCCUGGAGGGGUUCCACUAA